AUGCAAUUCACCACCGCCACCCUUCUCUCCGUCGUCUCUGCUCUUGCAGCAGCAGCACCAGCUCCUCAAGCUGACCCUGCGCCCGCGCCAGUGAGAUUCUUUGCCAUCCUCGCCCUACAGUCUGGCUCCUCAGUCCACUUGAACAACUGGCAAGCAUCCAAAGGUGGUAUCUUGGCCGGAAUUGACCCUGUCGCCCAAAACGCCACUUGUGAUGACGGUAGCCUCGCUCCUAUGGCCACCUUCAACGUUCGAGUUGACGAUGGAGCCAUGUUCUUGUUGGAAGACAAACUCGAGCAACGCUUGUGGGUCGACCGCGGAAUGGGUCAAGGAAUCGUUCGAUACUCUGCCAAUGGCGGUACCCAGCCAUCAAGACAAGCAGAGAUCACCGGAUUCGAGGUCGUCAACGAUGAGCUCCUCUUCAAGGGCCAACCCUUCCAAGCUUGCCCCAAUGGAGAAGGUCUUGGCCACACUAUCUUCGUCAACGGAACUGUCAACCCAGCUGGCCGCCAGGACUGCACUGCAUUCAAGGCCCAGCUCAUCUACGACGAGACCCCAACCAGCUGCAACUACUCCAACUAG